AUGGGUCUUUUAGCCCUCGGAACUGCACUGGAGUGGCCUGACGCCAAGAAACGAGCAGACCAAGUGCGUAAAUGGGGAAUUGAGCAAUUGCUCGCUAAUUGGCGCAGAGCACGGGGAAAGGAGCGGGAUGCUCUGCUUUGGGGUGACGAGGUAUGUGCCAAAAUGGGCGUAUCGGUCGACGAAGAGGCCAAAAAGGCUCGGUUAUCUCUCGCUCAAGCUGAAAUUCUCAAAUCACUGGCCAAAGAUGAGGCUCUUUGGAAGAGCGGGGAAUCUCCCCGUCCUGAAAAUAAAGAACACGAGGGUGAGGAGCCACCUCAUUUCCACCCCGAGUUCGGGCGUUUCAUGUUGGAAGCAACGCCGGGACGGCCAUGGGGGAUCGGUUUUAAGGAUCUUCUCAAGGUAGAGUCUAAUAUGAAGUGGAGGCGCGAAGUUGCAAAGUCGCAUAUGGCACCAAACGAAUACCCGAUCACGCUCACUACCUUUCCUCGUCUGGGCACGAAAGAUGAUUAUAUCCAACCCUAUUAUCCUCCCUCGGGACCCGCACUGAGGUCGCAAUUCGUCCCUGACGAGAUUGCGAACCCCCACAUCCGUUUCCCGACUCUGGCAGCUAAUAUCAGAUCAAGAAGAGGCCGAAAAGUGGAAUUAAAUGUUCCGGUCUUCAAGGAUACAAACACGCCCGUGCCUUUCAAGGACCCUACAGUGAACUAUGAUCUCCAUAAGUGGCCUGAAGAUGACGACGUCAGAAAUGGAGCUGUCAAGGACGACCACGUAUAUAUGGACGCCAUGGCAUUUGGUAUGGGCAGUUGCUGCUUGCAGAUCACAUUUCAAGCAAAGAACAUGACGGAAGGGAGGAAACUCUAUGACCAACUCAGUCCUCUCGGUCCGAUUCUUCUGGCACUCACUGCUGCAACACCGAUAUACAAGGGAUUUCUCGUUGAUACAGAUGUCCGGUGGAAUCAAAUCGGUAAUGCAGUAGACGACAGGACCCGGGAGGAACUUGGAGAAGCUCCAUUGAAGAACGAUAGAUGGAGAAUCCCCAAGUCCAGAUAUGCCUCGAACUCAACUUAUAUCUCCCAAGACCCACGUCUGCGUAAAGAGUAUCUUGACCCCGAUUUGAUUGUCGACGAAGAUAUCAAAAAGCGUCUAAUGGAUGACGGCAUGGACGAACUUUUGGCAACCCAUUUCGCUCACCUCUUCAUCCGCGACCCCCUAGUCAUCUUCUCGGAAGACCUAGAGGAGUUGGAUCUGAAUAAGGCGGACCACUUUGAAAAUCUGCAGUCGACAAACUGGCAGCAUAUGCGCUUCAAGCCACCGCCGCCUGAGAAAUCGGAUAUUGGCUGGCGAGUGGAAUUUCGUUCGAUGGAGAUCCAAAUGACCGACUUUGAGAAUGCGGCAUUCAGCAUCUUCAUUGUCCUGGUCACCCGGGCUAUCCUCAGUUUCGAUUUGAAUUUCUAUAUCCCGAUUCAGCGGACCACCGAGAAUAUGGAAACCGCCCAUGCACGAAAUGCAGUCCUGGAUCGGAAGUUCUAUUUCCGCAAAGACCCUUUCUCUCCCCGUGGUCGCAGACAGCAACAGCCGCUGCAGUCAUCCAACGCCAGCCAAAUGUCAUCCACCACAUCCUCUGCAUGUAAUACACCGCCUCCGUCUCCUCCACUUGGGCCCGUGGACUCGGAGUAUGAGCUCAUGACUAUCUCUGACAUUAUCAACGGCUCGGACGAUGGCUCGUUCCCCGGAUUGAUUCCGCUGGUGGAGUCAUACCUGAACAGCGUGAAUGUAGAUGUUGAGACGCGGUGUUCUUUGGCGACCUACCUGGACCUGAUUCGCAAACGGGCGAACGGCACCCUGUGGACCGGAGCGAAAUGGAUCCGUGAAUUCGUUGCUUCGCAUCCUGGAUAUAAGCAUGACAGUGUGGUCUCGGAAGAGAUCUGCUACGACCUGGUCAAGGCAGUGGAUGAAAUAUGGUUUGUUGUUGUCAUCUGUUCAUCUCAGAAGCCUCUUUUCGGCCUCAUCAUCUUGCAUCCUCCUGCAUUAUACAACUCCAUCAGCGCAACAUUUGUGUUUCUUUGUCCGUUGGCCGUCGACACGAAUCAGCCAACCCGGUCACCUUCCAUUGUCCAUUGA